GUAUCAGUCAUAUAGCACGAUCAGUCCACCUCGACUUACAUUAGCGGAACAUUCAUCCAUGCGUAUAAUGAAGUUAUCAAAUUGUGGCUUAUUUUUUAUCGUCUCGAUUGUUUUCAGCAUCGCGAAAACCGGAAAUGGAACCGGUUUGCCAAAAGAAGUGUCUGAAAAGCUCGACGAUUAUUGGGAGAAAUACAAAUUGUCUUACAAAAAGAAUUACUCAACGACCAAGGAAGCCAUGCGAAGACUCGCUUGGGAAGAGAAUCUGAUAAAAAUCUACGAACAUAACCUCCUAGCAGCAGCUGGUCACCACAGUUACACCUUGCGUGACAACCACUUUGCCGACCUCAGCACACCGGAGUAUAUAUUGAAAAUGGUCAAGCUUGUUCGUAGCAGAAGACGCCGUUUAUCCGAAAACGACGAACUGGUGAAUUCGAUCAGGCAAAGCGGACGACAAAUUCCCCCGAGUCUCGAUUGGCGGGAAAAGGGAUUCGAAACGGCAGCGGAAAAUCAAGAGGACUGCGGAAGCUGCUACGCGUAUUCCGUUGCGACUAGCAUCCAGGGUCAAAUAUUCAAGGAAACGGGAAUGCUGAUACCCCUAAGUACACAACAGAUUAUAGACUGCAGCACUUCCGUUGGGAACCUUGGCUGCUCGGGCGGUUCCCUGAGGAACACGAUGAGGUACUUGGAGAAAGCCAAGGGUCUCAUGCCGGAGAAAAACUAUCCCUAUACCGCGCAGCAAGGAUAUUGCAAAUUCGUAAGAGACGACAGCGUGGUGAACAUCACAGCCUGGGCGAUACUUCCGGCUCGUGAUGAGCACGCGAUGGAAUACGCUGUGGCAACUAUCGGGCCGAUAGCAGCUUCCAUUAACGCGAGUCCGAAAACCUUUCAGCUCUACCACCGAGGAGUUUACGACGACCCGGGAUGCAGUUCGGACGUGGUUAACCACGCGAUGCUGUUGGUCGGUUACACGCCCACUUAUUGGAUACUGAAAAACUGGUGGGGUGACAAUUGGGGCGAUAAUGGAUACAUGAAACUUGCCAGGCACAAAAAUCGUUGCGGAGUAGCGAACUACGCUGCCUACGCCAAAGUGUGAUCGCUGGUAAA